AUGCGUCCUGUAGAUAUCACAUUUCUGGUUGUUGCUAGUAUCGUCGGUGAUGAAGAUAAGCAGCAAGAUACGGUAAAUAGGGCUGUUCACUGUGCUCAAAGCGGAGCGUGCUCAUCUCCCGUUCAGGACGAUCCGGCAAUGAUGCCGAAGUGUGGAAUUAGCAAAUCUGAUCCACUUUACAACGGGCUGCCCGCAGAAACUGAUUACUAA